UAUGUUUGGAUAUUUCUGGAGCUCAUAUCAGUUCAGUUGUUGCUGCCGUCUAGUGAAAACGUGAUUUUCUCGUCGAGGUUUUAAUUGGCGAUAAAAUAGCGCGGAAAUCGUAUUUUAAUAAAUUUUGUGUGAGCACAGUUGGUGUUUAUGAGAUAAUGCUACCGUUGUGAAUGCAUACAUGAAUACUACCACUAACUGGCAACAUUAUCCAGAGCGAUGUUAUUAGCUACAACAACAUAAUGUAGCUAUGUUUACCAUGUGAGAUGAGAUUGGCUAACAUUGGGAAGAUGCUAUUCAGUCUUUCGUCGACACUCUGGUAUGAAGGUCCUGUUGUGGAUCGCGGAUAAGGAGCCUUGAAACACGUUUGCGAAACAAUGUGUUCAUGCAAAUUAUGUGUUAAUUAAAAAGGUUAAUCUACAAGGUUCUUGUGUUCAGUAAGAACGAUUACAAUUACCCCCGGCUUUGGGUUUCGUUGCAUUAUCCGUCAAUGGGGGUUUCUUGAGUGCUGAAUCCUACCAUGAUAGAGAAAGAAGUUCAUCGACUUAAGAUCAUUGUGCGUGAAAACUUAUUGUAAAUUUUUAAUUGAAGCGAAAUUAUCUGGAAGAUUUUCAAUAUACAAACUAUAGUGGUAUUGGUGGACACUUGGUUGUAAAGCAAAACGAAUGAACAGAUGUGAGACUGUUGAUAAGGAGCCAAGAAAGCAUCAUUCACUAUCUAUCUUGGACCGAAUUACAAGCGCAAACGAUUAAUGGUUAAUCGCGCAAUACUUUGCAGCUCCUCUCACAGUACAUGAUGUAGUACGGAACAACUUGGGCGCAUCUUUAAGUCGCUUUACUUAAUGAAAUAUUUAUAAAUAGAAUCUACAGCCUAUUAGUUCUGAAAUAGUGUUUCGGCGGUACCCGCGAUAUCACAGCAGUAGUCAAGCGGUAUUAUAGGUCACAAAAGUCGGUUUGGAAAACAUACAGAUAUUGAACGUGUGCGUGCUGUGGUGUAUUGAGUGCCGAGUGCUGUGUAAUCAUGGCGUUCAGACAUUUCGAUAUACUCCCUAAAGAUCUUUCACGGAAAUUGAAAUGCAGUGCCGCGUUCAAUUGGUUAAGUGCAGUUUUCAUAGUUGCGUUAAUGUCACAAAUGUGCAAUUGUAUCUAUAUCAAUGAGAGUGUCAUAACAAUGAAACAUCACCAGCAUCAGCAACCACAUCGCCGGGUCUACCGCAGCAAAUUCACCAUUGAGGAGUUACUGAAUACACAAUUCGAAUAUAAGACAUCGAACGACAUCGAUAUGGAUCCUUGCAAAGCAGGAGGAUUCAUGGGAGACAUAGCGUUGCCCAAUGUCAAUUACGAAGCGGAUAAGGAAAAGCAGAUACCAUCGCUGCCGAACAUAAAUUUUCAGCAGGAUUUAGAACGCCUCAAGCAAGAGGUCUACAACGAAGGUUUGCAAGUGGAAGAGGAGGGUAUGACGGAUAUAAUUAGAAAGAAAACGAAACUCCCCAACAGCAAUAGCGAAAAUUUAAAUCAUCGAAAUCGGAAUGAUCCAACAUUGUCAAUGAAUGAGCCCAUCAAAGAAACCAGCAAUAAUCACCAUGCCAACGGAAAAAUUGGAAGAAUCCCAACCCAAAGAGAAACUCUGAUUAGCUCUCAUAUUAAUAACGAACAUUCCGGUUACGGUGAAAAAUUUUCAGUUGACCCAAUUACCUCUCCACCAUCAACCACUUUCAGUCCAACAGAAAAGAUAGAAAAACCCGUAAUAAACACCAAUAGGAACGUAGACUAUCGAAAGAUUCAGUCCAAUACAAAGGAUAUAGUGGAUGAUUCAGGGAAUAAUUUCGUUACAACGCGCAAAGUCAUAAUACUGCCAACAUCACUGCCGAUUCCUCGCUCCACACUGCCCAAUGUGUUCAGCAACGCCGGUGGGAAUGGAGGAAGUCUAGAUGAUAUUGAAAUCCUUCAGGCUGAAGGAUCAAUCCGUCGACGUCAUCGACGACGUCGUCAGAGACGAAGUCAUCUCAUUUCAGACGAUGAAUACAAUUAUAAAUUGGAACGAUUGAAAAACGAAUUGAAUCGUGCCGUUGUGACGCUUGAAGAGAUGCAUAAUCGCUACAAAUUCACCUUGCCAUCGAAAUCCUCCCUCACUACAACUCCGGCAACGUCGAUGCAUAACAAAUCUUCCAUCAGACAAAAUAAAAGGUUCAACACGACGUCCGAGCAUUAUGAUGCGAUGGAUAUCCUUACAAAACGCAAGUCGACAAUAGAAGCUAUGGAGUCGGAACUGGACGCUUCAUUAGCCGACCUGGAUGCGGAUGACCUAAAUGAAGGAAUGAUGAAAAGCCUGCAACACCAUCAUAGAGUAGCACGUGCCGUGACUGCCAAGAAGGAGCGAGUUUGGGACUAUGGAGUGAUUCCUUACGAAAUAGAUGGGAACUUCAGCGGUGCCCACAAGGCGUUGUUCAAACAGGCCAUGCGGCACUGGGAAAAUAACACCUGCAUAAAGUUCGUCGAACGGGAUCCAGACAUGCAUCCGAACUACAUUAUUUUCACCGUGAGGAGCUGUGGUUGCUGCUCAUUCGUAGGGAAACGAGGAAACGGAGGGCAGGCGAUCUCUAUUGGAAGGAACUGUGAUAAAUUCGGAAUUGUCGUCCAUGAAUUAGGACAUGUAGUUGGUUUCUGGCACGAACAUACGCGGCCCGACCGAGAAAAGCAUGUCACUAUCGAAUUGAGCAACAUUAUGAAAGGGCAGGAUUACAAUUUCAACAUGCUCACACCUGAUGACGUGGACUCUUUGGGAAUGCCUUAUGAUUACGACUCAAUCAUGCACUAUGCUCGAAAUACAUUCUCGAAAGGCACGUACUUAGAUACGAUUUUACCAAUUGAGGUGAAAGGAAAGAAACGUCCUGAAAUCGGUCAACGAAUCCGGCUGAGUGUAGGUGAUAUUGCACAAGCAAAUUUACUGUACAAGUGCCCCAAGUGUGGGCAGACGUUCCAGAGUAAUUCAGGCAGUUUUACAUCUCCUUCGUAUUAUAUACCUGGACUGAUUAAUGAUACGGAGAAAUGUGAAUGGAGAAUCACUGCGACACACGGCGAGAGAAUUACCUUGAAACUAGAAAAUCUGAAUCUACUAUCUACGGAAAAGUGCCUUACUGACUAUUUGGAGGUUCGCGAUGGCUACUGGCAUAAAUCACCAUUAUUGGGCCGUUUCUGUGGAAAAGUUACCGAGAAAACAAUUACAACAACUUCAAGCCGAAUGCUACUCACUUACGUUAACAUGAACCGUAAUGCAGGGUAUCGAGGAUUCAAAGCAGAAUACGAGGCAAAUUGUGGAGGCGAGUUGACAAUAGACGGCGAAGGUCGCCUUGAAUCACCCAACUAUCCGCUCGAAUAUUUGCCGGGUAUGGAAUGUAUCUGGAUUCUGUCCGUUCCGGAAGGCUAUCAAGUCGCCCUUAAAUUCCAAUCGUUCGAAGUGGAGAAUCACGACAGCUGUAACUAUGACUAUGUCGAGGUGCGGGACGGUGGAAGCGCGGAUGAGACGGAAUCACCUACAAUUGGAAUCUUCUGCGGAUAUCGAAAUCCUCCAAAUAUGAAGUCAACUAAGAAUAAAAUGUAUGUGAAAUUUUCAUCGGACAAUUCCGUCCAAAAAGCUGGAUUUUCGGCGAUAUUUAUGAAAGAGGUGGACGAGUGCGAAACGCAGGACCACGGGUGCGAACACGAAUGCAUUAACACCCUCGGCGGAUAUGAAUGCAAUUGUUACAUCGGAUACGAGCUGCACAGUGACAAGAAGCAUUGUGAAGAUGCAUGCGGAGGCGUGAUCGAAGCAACAGAAGGCACUAUCAGCUCCCCAUCAUUUCCCGAGUAUUAUCCCAUCCUUAAGGACUGCACCUGGGAGAUUAUAGCGCCGCCACGGAAUAAAAUCUCCUUGAACUUUACCCAUUUCGAUUUGGAAGGCAACAAUCAUCAGCACAUCGAUUGCGGCUACGACUACGUACGGGUGUUCUCAAAGCUCGGUGAAAAUCGGCUCAAGAGCAUAGGCACCUAUUGUGGAAGCAAAAUCCCCCCAAUCCUUACGUCCGAAGGAAAUGCACUACGAAUUGAAUUCCAUUCAGAUAAAUCGAUCCAACGGACUGGCUUUGCAGCUUUAUUCUUCACAGAUGUUGAUGAAUGCGCUACGAAUAAUGGAGGAUGCCAUCAUGAUUGUAGGAAUACCAUCGGAAGCUAUGUGUGUGCUUGCCAUAAUGGAUAUACACUUCACGAUAAUGGGCAUGACUGCAAAGAGGGUGAAUGCAAAUAUGAGAUUACACUACCGCACGGAUCUAUCUAUAGUCCAAAUUAUCCUGAUAUGUAUCCGGCGAAUUUAGACUGCGUGUGGCAUUUCUCAACAACACCGGGACACAGGAUUAAAUUGAUAUUUAAUGAAUUUGAAGUGGAAUCGCAUCAGGAUUGUGCAUAUGAUCAUGUUGUAAUAUAUGACGGCGACUCUGAGGAGAGUUCAACCCUUGGUCGUUUCUGUGGAGAUAAAAUUCCCUACCCGCUGUCCGCAUCUUCCAAUGAAAUGUAUAUGGUUUUCAAAUCAGAUAAAAAUAAGCAAAGACGUGGUUUCUCAGCAAUCCAUUCUACAGCGUGUGGCGGGUAUCUGAGAGCAACGAGCCGAAUUAAACACUUAUACUCUCAUUCGAAAUUCGGUUACCAAAGCUACGAUCAAAAAAUGGAUUGUGACUGGACAAUUCAAGCGGAUCCUGGUAGAAACGUUCAAUUGAUCUUCUUAUCCUUCGAACUAGAGGAUAUUGAGAACUGUACAUACGAUUACGUUGAAGUUUACGCUGGGAUGGAGGACACUAGUGGCCCAUUAUAUGGGCGAUACUGUGGUUCAAAUAACCCACCGGAUAUAAUUUCUUUGACCGACUCCUUAUUAGUGCGAUUCCGUUCAGAUGAUACCAUGUCUAAAAAAGGAUUUUCCGCUUCAUAUGUUGCAGUCGAUCCAUUCGAUAACAUUGAAGAGGUUAGUUCAGAUUCCUCUGAAAUGGUUACACCUUUUCCCGGCUACCUGAAGCCUAUAUACAAAGCAGAUUCCUAUGAUUACGAUGAAUACCGGGAUUAUAGUGAAAACCACUUGCAAAAGAACUAUAAUCCAUGGAGCAGUAAUAUAAGGCGGGUAUAAACUGUGGCAAUUUGUAAGUAGCCCACACAUAAAAAUGAUUCGUGAAUAAUAAAUGUUUCUCGAUUCAUAGCUCAUUAGUUAAGUGGAACUGUAUUUAUAGUAAAAUUUGAUUCGAUGAUUUUAAAGAAAGAAUGCAAUGGAAUAUGACAAUAGCAACGUAUUGACGAUAGGUACUGUAGGAAACUUAACGGCUCUACUUACUAAAAUAAAUCUGUUAAAAAUGAAACUAACUUGUGCAAUGUAUCCUUCAGUUUACUAUUUAUACACACCUUUUCAAUUGCUAGCAAUAUAGUUUAACGAAAUUUACCGAAAUGGUGCUGUAAUUUGUCCGACUUGGCUCCAACUAGCAAUGAAUACCACAUAAAAAACCAUAGAAACUCAAGGCGAAAUUAUGUUACUCGAUGUCCUUUAAUAUCUCGAGUUAAAGAAUUGAUGACAAUAAAAAGUUUUUAAAAUUUACCCUUCGGAAUAAAAGCGUGCCCCAAAAAUUACCCAUAUCAUAUUUUUGAAAAACCAAACAUAUGAAUUCUUAGUGUACACACUCCAAAUCCAUAUCAAACCAAAUUCCAAAAUAUUAUACAUAUACUCGAAUUUCCAAUUCCUCUGAUCCCUACGAUUUGUUAAAAUCUAUCAUUUUCAGGUUAAAAUGAAAGUGUUCUAUGUAGGUUUUAACGAUAGAAACAAAUUUACUGUAACAUCUCUUGCUGUUACUUGUAGUGUCCUAAGCAUUUAUUAUAACAUAUGAGUACAUGUAAUUAUUAUAUAUUGAACAUUUAAAUAUCUUUAUAAUCAUAGAUGCGUGCUCUUAUAGUGCAUGCAACACUUUUUUAAAUAGGAAAAUACAGUGCUCCUUAUGAGCAAUUAGGUGUAAGACAAAUAUUUGUCAGUAUGUUUGUAAAUGUUUGAGAGAGAAAAGAAAGAAUAAAAUAAAUAUCAUUUGA